AUGUGGGCCUCAUGUCACAGCCCCAACACCAACACCUGCCAGGACCUGGGCAACUGCAUCCUGGUGCUGCUGGGCCUCAUCGUCUCUAUCAAUCUCGGCGUCAACACGGUGACCCUGGUCAGGGCAGGGCCAGGUGGGGGCACCCUAAGCCCUCAGGUCCUCUUCACCAGGAAGCGGCACACCUCACAGCCCUCGAGGAAGCAGAGCGCCAAGGACGUCCACUUUGAUGCACCGUGGACCCUGUGCCCCCGAGACCUGCACCCAGCCAUCUGCUCCCACAACUGGGAAUGUCCCGAGGGCUGGGAAGCCUUCAAACUCCCCCAGGAGAUGUGGGCGCCCUGGGCCCAGGACAGCCUGGAGCCAGCUGCCCAGACCAUCUGCUCCCAGGAGACCAUAGAGGGAAGGCCCCUCAAAACUCAGAUCCACUCUGAGCUGGGCCUCGAGGCUCACGUGUACCCUGUGUCCUGCUGGCUCGUGGGGCCCCAGCCCUCUGUGAGGUUCAGCCUCUCUCUUCAGCCAGACAGAGAGGCCCCUGGACUGGAGCCCCAGCCCCAGCCGCACUCCCCACCUGGCCGCGAGGGCUGCCUACCGCACUGUCGCACCUUGGACAGCAGGAUAAGAAGCUGCUUCUGGCAAAGGGACUUGGUGCCGCGGGACACACUCACCACUGUGCUGACACGGGCCGGCUGUCCCCAGGCGUGUGGACCUCCAGCUUCUGCUGGAUCAGGUGACUGGCCAGUGCCACCAUGGGGUGCCCGGAGACGAGAUACCCCCAAACCUGCAGGUGCCCAGUGCAAUCUGGGCUCCCCCAGAGAAGAGAAGCCAGCUCACGGGGACAUACUCUUGCCUCUCGGGCCUCCGGACUCACCACACCACACACAGUACCUGAGAAAGGAGCGAGAGCGUCUCAGCAAAGCACUCUGGUCGAGCGAAGUCAGCGCCCUGGGCCUGGAGGUUGGACCAGGAGCAGCAGCGGCAGCACCCCCCCUUGCCAGGGAUGGAGAUACUGGGAAAUGA